AUGGCUAGACAGACAGAGAAAGAACUGUUGAUGGCCCGCAAAAAGGUCGACUACGAGGAACUGACAGUAGUAGAAACACAGGCGGAUGUUGACAUGAAAGAUGUCGAGAUGCAAGAAGCCCCGAUGUACGACGAGGACGACGCUGCGGCACAGGUGCUUUCCCAAUUGAGCAUUUCGGCUCCUGCCAAGACGCCGACAGCUCCGCGCCGGAUACUCCAAGCAAGAGGCCCGCGCGGAAGAGGGAAGUUCAAGCACAGCAACAAACCCAUUGCUAGCGACCAAGUCCAUCAACGCGUCCGACUGCACGACCCAGACAAGAUGGCUGAUGACAGACGUGGCGGCGGCGGUUACAACAACCGCAAGAGACGCUACAACAGAGGUACCCGACGUCUGAAAACACCUUCGUCGACAAUCGAGCUGACAUGGUUUGUUUACAGAUGA